AUGUCUGACAUUUGCAACCGGGUCUUCUGUCGAGCGGAUAUUCUUAAUCGGCAUCGCUUGUUGCAUGCGCCAAAGUCACCACGUCCAACGGCGAUUGUGAACUCGAGAAUUGGACUAACGGCCGUCGCGUGUGAUGCCUGCCGCCGCUCCAAGACAAAAUGCGACGGACAGCCCACUUGCAGUAAGUGUGCUCACCAAAGUCGACAAUGCCGGUAUUCUGCAAGUCGAAGAUUUCAAGUUUCAACAAGCAAAGAAACCCGAGAUGUUACCCAGAUAGGAUCAUGUGCUUCUCGGGGACAGAAGAAAUCCAUGCUCUUCGAUUUGUUCGAGACUGCCUUGCUGGACGGUCGGUCUAGCUCGGUCGUCAAAGAAAUGCCUCUGUCCGGAAUCGAUGACAUGUCGACCCAUCUCGGGCAGGAUCAAAACACAUUGGUGGCUGCGCUUCUAUCUCACCAUGUGGCGCUAUUAAGGUUCCACGCACCUUUGGAAAACUUCCACCGCAUUCCUGUUGAUAACAGUAAGGCUCGGGAGAUCGAUGACGGACUCAUUGACAUUGCUCAGAGCUGGGCUACAGACUCUGUUGCUACCUUGGCCAUCGCGCAUUCUUGUGCUAUCUACACGAUCACGCAUAGGGCAGCCGCCGGAGCUCAUCUGUGGACGGCGCCCCUUACUCGCUUGGCUCAUGCUGCUCUUUACGACUCUGCUCUAGCUUUGUGGAUCUAUGUCGGCAUGCACUCCUCGGCUUCCCAACAUAUCCAAGCUGAAAAGGCGGAAGACUUACCUUGCUUGCUGCGAUCUCAAGCUGAGGGUGGAUCUUUGCCACUAUGCCAGGAAAAUGCCUAUGAAGCUCUGAUGGAUCUUGCACUGUUGUGUAAGAGGGUCAACAAUGACGUGUCUAAUGUCACAUCGAAGUCAAUCUGGAGUAUGGCAGUCAAUCCUUUCGCGGAAUUGGUGAAUCUGCGUAACGGAGGUGGUAGACCAGUCGGACUGCGAUGA